CAAGAUGGCGGCCGUGGAGCUGGCGGAGUCCGGCGGCGGCCUCAGCGCCCCCGGGGGGUCCUUGAGUCUCCUCUGCAAGGCCUCGGGCUUCAACUUCGGUGACUACGGCAUGAUGUGGGCGCGGCAACGCCCCGGGAAGGGCCUGGAGUUCGUCGCGAGCAUCAACAGUGGUGGCACCACCAGGUACGCGCCGUCGGUCCGGGACCGCUUCACCAUCUCCAGGGACAACGCCCAGAGCACGUUGAGGCUGCAGAUGAACAACCUCAAGGCCGAGGACACCGCCACCUACUACUGCGCCAAAAGUGGUGGUGGUUAUGCUGGUGAUGCUGGUAAUGGAGGCACCAGGCCCGGCCCCGUCGCGACCUCCAGCAGCGCCAAAUUCCCGGUUUCGAGGCCGCGUUCGGAAAAUGGAAGGCAAGAUGGCGGCCGUGGAGCUGGCGGAGUCCGGCGGCGGCCUCAGCGCCCCCGGGGGGUCCUUGAGUCUCCUCUGCAAGGCCUCGGGCUUCACCUUCGGCAGCUACGGCAUGAUGUGGGCGCGGCAACGCCCCGGGAAGGGCCUGGAGUACGUCGCGGGCAUCAACAGCUAUGGCAGCACCUACGACGCGCCGUCGGUCCGGGGCCGCUUCACCAUCUCCAGGGACAACGCCCAGAGCACGGUGAGGCUACAGAUGAACAACCUCAAGGCCGAGGACACCGCCACCUACUACUGCGCCAAAAGUGGUGGUGGUUAUGCUGGUGGUGCUGGUUAUGGUGGCACCAGGCCCGGCCCCGGCGCGACCUCCAGCAGCGCCAAAUUCCCGGUUUCGAGGCCGCGUUCGGAAAAUGGAAGGUUCAGAAUGGCAAAAGCAAAAUCGGAGCACCUGAAGCCCAACCCCAAGAUCCUGAGGCCAAACUUGAAAUCUGGAGCAUUCUGGGGAAAACUUGA